AUUGCAGUGUUAUCAUAGAAAAUGUCUUCCAUGUAUUGACCGAUGUAUUUAAUAAUCGAUUAUAAUGCGACAAAGAAUAAUAUUACACAAGUUUAUUCUACGCAGUUAUUCGAUUAUUUCUCAUCCUAACCUAUUAAAAAUUUUCAAGCGUACAAAUUCCAAUCACAGCAUGGCAACAGACACAAAACUUUUGUCAGAGUCUAAAUCUGAUUUGAUUGACAUCUUUCAUUCUGCCGUAAAAGCGGUAUCACCGAACGAGAUAAUCAAAAAGAAAGUGAAAUUCCAAAAUAAUACUUUGUACAUUGAUGAAAAGAGUUUUUUACUUCGAGAGAGUGUUUAUCUAGUUGGAUUUGGUAAAGCAGUUAUGGGAAUGGCAAUAGAACUCGAGAAAAUACUCGGUAAUGUCUUGAAAAAAGGUAUUGUCAGUAUUCCAUCAAAGGAUGCUAUGUGGAUCUUCGAAGAUAAAUCUAGCUUUCCUAAGUUACACGAUAGUGUGAUAGACUAUCGUGAGGGUAGUAUCAAUAAUCAACCUGACAGCAGAUCAUUGAAUACUACGCAUGAUAUUAUAGAUUUGGUUGAAACAUUGACAGCAGCAGAUACUUUAAUAGUAUUAGUAUCAGGUGGAGGUUCUGCUUUGCUAUACAUGCCAAGGCCUGUUCUUGAUCAAGAAGACAAAUUGGAACUCUGUAAAAAGCUUCAAAAUGCAGGUGCUGAUAUUACAGAGCUUAAUACUGUAAGAAAGAAGUUGUCUCUUGUAAAGGGUGGCGGUUUGGCACGAAUGGCGUAUCCUGCAUCCAUUAUUACAUUGAUAUUAUCUGAUAUUGUUGGUGAUCCUAUAGACUUAAUUGCUAGUGGUCCUACUGUAUAUAGCACAAAAGCACCAGAUAAUGUUAUUAGUAUACUAAAAAAAUAUAACUUAUAUCAAUUACUAGAAGGCAAUCUAAAGACAGUUUUAACAUCCAAGGAGACUUUUGAUGACAGAGCAUUGUUGAGUCCGGCUAAACAAUUCAAACAUGUGACAAAUAUAGUUUUAGGAAAUAAUACAAUGGCUCUUGAAACUGCAAGCUUUGAAGCAUUGCGUAAAAAAUUGACUCCAAUUAUAUUAAGAAAUGAUAUUACAGGAAAUGUACAGGAUGUUAGUUUAGCAUAUGCUGAUAUAACAAGUUUAAUAUGUCUUGUUUUAUUAAAAGAGUUGAAGAGAGAAGAAUUUUAUGAAAAAGUACGGACCAUGCCAAUACUUUCAUUAUCUAUUGAAAAGGUAGAUGAAAUCUUUCAUAAAAUCACUAACAAUCUCGGUGGUAUAGUUUUAAUUGGAGGAGGAGAGCCUACAGUUGUAGUAACUGGUCAAGGGAAAGGUGGUAGAAAUCAGGAGUUAGCUUUGCGUUUCUCGUUAGAUUGGUUAGCAAAAGUCAAAAGUUAUCCGCGAUUCGCUGAAUACGAUGUAAUAAUGCUUAGCGCAGGUACUGAUGGUCAAGAUGGUCCUACUGAUGCAGCAGGUGCAUUUGGUUACCCUUCCAUUGCACCUAUAAUGCAUGAUGUUUAUGCAAAAAUUAAGUCCAUGGCUACUAAAAAAAUUACUCAAACUUUACCUGAACAGAGAACAGAAAUAUCAGAUAAAAAAUCUAGUAAUGCAACAGAAGAGUCUGUUUCUGCUCAAGAACAUAUUGAUCCCUUGGUAUUAACAACAAUGGAAGUGGAACGUAUGUUACCUGAAAAUACUUUAAAAGAAAAUGAUACAUACAAUUUUUAUUCGCGUUUCAAAAAAGGUGCAGAUUUGAUUAAGACAGGAAUCAUUGGAACCAAUGUUAUGGAUUUACAUUUUAUUUAUAUUAAACAACGUUCGUGCAGAUGUGAAAUUGAUUUCUCUGACAAAUCAUAUGAAGAAGAUAUUUUAGACAUACACGAUUUACAUAUUGACGAGUCGACUAUCGAAAAAUACAAGGCUAUACAGGCUUCAUUAAAAUUUGACAAAGACAAAUUUUUACAACCUUCAUUUUUAAUUACCGAAGAGAAAGAACCACCUCUUAAUAUAAAGAUCAUUGACGAAAAUUUUAAAGAUCCAUGUUGCAACAAAAAACGUAAACUUGAUUAGGCAAAAAAAUUCAUAAAGAAUAUAAUACAUUCUAUAUUAUUAUAUCAUAUCAAUUGUUAACAAUGAGUGCAAUUAAGUGAUGCACUAUGUUGCAUAAAAUAACUUGUAGUUCAACAGUAUCUUUUUGAAAAGAAUAAAUUUACAUUUUGAUGUAAAUACAAAAAUUUUUUAACUAUACAUAGGAUACUUCAAUUAUAUUUGUACGUCACAAAGGCACUGCUUAAAAAUAAAUCUUUUAAAUUAUAACACAUUUUUUUACAUUACAUAUUAAUUAUAAUUGAAGAGAUUGGAAUAAUAUAUCUUUUACAUACUAUACCAUACACAUUAACAUACCACACGCACGCGUGCACGCAUUUACACAGAGACAUUGUGUGUGUGUGUGUGUGUAUAUAUAUAUAUAAUUUGUUAAUCUCUUUUUUUUUGUAUAUAUGUAAAUUUUUCUCAUAUAAUUUCUUAUAUAAAAAAGAAAUAUAAAACUAAUAUUUCGUAAAGAUAUAUAUAAAUAUGAAAUAACAUUUAUAUAUAGAUAGACAAUGCAGCUUUAGUUGUCAAAGACUUAAUCUAAAAAUCUAUUUCUACUUUAUAGAUAUAUUAUAGAUUUCUACUAUAUAUUUUGUUCUGUUACAGUUGAUAAUUAUUUUAGUGCUGAAUUAUUUUGAUAGAAAUUAUAUUAAAACAAAAAUUUAAGCUUCUUGAAAAGAAUUAUUUACCAAAAUAUACGGAAAAAAAAAUAUAAAAAUUAUUGGCAAUUUGUCGUGUGCACAUUCAUUAUUUUAAAUGAAUAUUUUAAUUAAACAAUUUAAAUUUCCUUUAAAUUUUCUUAUUUUUCUAAUAACAUAUUUAUAAAUUAUAUGCUAUAAAAUGAUAAAUAUGUGUAAGAUUAUAUACUUAUUUGUACAUUACAAUAUUAUUUUUAAUCCUUAAGAUAUAUUUCAGACAAUAAAAAGCUUGUUAAUUAAUUAAGAAGCUUUUUGCAUAUUCAAAGAUUAU